AUGACAUUUGACACUCCACUCGUUCUUCUUCCUUCAACACUACCACCACCGCAACAACUCACAAGCAAUGAUUCCUUCAAUCCUUUUGGAUUUCAUCCUGUUGAUCCACAAACUCCAAUUGACCUCGCCGCUGUUGGUAUUGGAGCUUCUGUUUUAUUGUUCAAUUUUUUCGCCAUGAGUUUAGUGUUUUCCAAAUAUAAAAGUAUGGCUGUGAAAACAAAACAUCCAAUUUUAAUGAUGAUUUCCUUGAUAUUUAAUGCAUUGUUAUUUAUUGGAUAUUGUUUUAAUAAUUUAUUGUUGUAUCCUUCCAAUUAUGACUAUUGUGUCAUAUUCCGAGUUUGGUUUUUCAAUAUUGGAUUGUUCGGAUGGAUCAGUUGUUUAUUGACACGACUUUUAGUGACCUACGUUACAUUCAAAACUCAAAAGAAAAUUCGAUUUCCAAUUUCAUUGUUCAUUGCACUUUUUAUGAUUCCAAUUUUUGUUUAUUGUUUGGUGGCAUCGACUGUGAAAGAAUUAUUCUAUGAUCCAAAAUUACAAAAUAAUUGUAAAUAUGGAACUAUUGCUGUGGCUGUGAAUUUGGCCAUGUUGGCACUCUAUUGUUUCAUUAUUGGAGUGUUAAUAUUUCUAAGCAGAAAAGUGCAAGAAGAUUUCAAUAGCUCAGGAACAGAGGCCAUGGGCUUGGUUGGAAUUGUCAUCUCCAUAGUGAUUGGAUUAUUGGCAUGGCUCUUGUACUUGCAUCGAAUUAUUCCAAUUCGUAUCAUGAUUACUCUUCUUCCCAUCAUUAUUGGAUGUUAUUAUUUUUGGUCCUACUUUGGUGGUAUUGUGUAUGCCAUUGUGACAUGUUCGAGUGAGGAAUACUUUUUGGAUUGGUUAGAAAAUCAAAAUGUACAUGAUGUAGCCACCAAUCGAGAAAUUCAGGAGGAAUUGAGAGAAUGUCGAGAGAAGCUUCGUGGCAUGCAAUGCUGUACUCUAAGCACGAGUAUGGAUGCCAAUCGAAUACUCCUCUAG